AUGGGGGCUCUCCCGGCGCUGCUGGGGGCCGCCUUACUGUGGGCCGGCGCCGGGGCCCUCGUCAACCUCAAGUACUCGGUGGAGGAGGAGCAGCGGGCCGGCACGGUGAUCGCCAACGUCGCCAAGGACGCCCGGGACGCCGGUUUCGUGCUGGACCCUCGGCAGCCCGCCGCCUUCCGGGUGGUCUCCAACUCGGCCCCCCACUUGGUGGACAUCAGCCCCGGGUCCGGGCUGCUGGUGACCAAGCAGAAGAUCGACAGGGACCUGCUAUGCCGACAGAGCCCCAAGUGUGUCAUCUCGCUGGAGGUGAUGUCCAGCUCCAUGGAGAUCUGCGUGAUCAAGCUGGAGAUCAAGGACCUUAACGACAAUGCGCCCAGCUUCCCCACUGACCAAAUCGAGCUGGAGAUCUCGGAGACGGCCAGCCCUGGCACCCGGGUGCCACUGGAGAGUGCCUAUGACCCGGACUCGGGCAGCUUUGGUGUGCAGAGCUAUGAGAUCACCCCCAAUGACCUCUUUGGGCUGGAGACCAAGACGCGGGGUGACGGGUCUCGUUUUGCUGAGCUGGUGGUGGAGAAGAGUCUGGACCGUGAGACCCAGUCCCACUACAGCUACGUGAUCACGGCGCUGGAUGGUGGUGACCCGCCCAACUUUGGCACGGUGGAGCUCAGCAUCCGCGUCAUCGACUCCAACGACAACAACCCGCUCUUCGAGGAGCCAGCCUACACCGUCAGCGUGCCUGAAAAUGCCCCGCCGGGGACGCCAGUCAUCCGCCUCAACGCCUCCGACCCGGACGAGGGCACCAACGGCCAGGUCCUCUACUCUUUCCACAGCUACGUCUCUGAGCGGGCCCGGGAGCUCUUCCAGAUUGAUCCCCAGAGCGGCCUCAUCACGGUGAGUGGUGCCAUCGACUACGAGGAGGGUCACGUCUAUGAGCUGGACGUGCAGGCCAAGGACUUGGGGCCUAACUCCAUCCCUGCCCAUUGCAAAGUGACCAUCAGCGUCCAGGAUGCCAACGACAACCCGCCCCUCAUCAACCUGCUGUCUGUCAACAGCGAGCUGGUGGAGGUGAGCGAGAACGCCCCGCCGGGGUACGUCAUCGCCCUGGUGCGCGUCUCGGACCGCGACUCCGGGGCCAACGGGCGCGUGCAGUGCAAGCUCCUGGGCAACGUGCCUUUCCGGCUCCAGGAGUACGAGAGCUUCUCCACCAUCCUGGUGGACGGGCGGCUGGACCGCGAGCAGAGGGACCAGUACAACCUCACCAUCCAGGCCAGGGAUAAUGGCAUCCCAUCCCUGCAGGCCACCAAGUCCUUCACCGUCAAGAUCACCGAUGAGAAUGACAACCAUCCCCACUUCUCCAAGCCCUAUUACCAAGUCAUCGUGCAGGAGAACAACACUCCGGGGGCCUACCUGCUCUCGGUGUCGGCCAGAGACCCUGACCUGGGCCUCAAUGGCAGUGUGUCCUACCAGAUCGUGCCGUCCCAAGUCAGGGACAUGCCUGUUUUCACCUAUGUCUCCAUCAACCCCAACUCUGGAGAUAUCUAUGCUCUGAGAUCCUUCAAUCAUGAGCAGACCAAGGCCUUUGAGUUCAAGGUCUUGGCAAAAGACGGGGGUAAUCCCUCUCUGCAGAGCAAUGCCACCGUCAGGGUGAUUGUCCUGGACGUCAAUGACAACACGCCCGUGAUCACGGCCCCGCCGCUGGUCAACGGGACGGCGGAGGUGUACAUCCCCAGGAACGCGGGGGUUGGCUACUUGGUCACCGUGGUCAAGGCAGAUGACUAUGAUGAGGGUGAAAAUGGCAGACUUUCCUACGAAAUGGUGGAAGGAGACAGAGGAUUUUUUGAGAUCGACCAGGUCAAUGGAGAGAUAAGGACCACCAGAGCCUUUGGGGAGAACGCCAAAACAGCCUAUGAGCUCAUCGUGGUGGCUCAUGACCAUGGGAAAACAUCUCUCUCGGCUUCUGCCUUGAUUUUGAUAUACCUGUCUCCAGCUCUGGAUGCCCAGGAGUCCAUAGGAUCUGUUAACCUCUCCUUGAUUUUCAUUAUUGCCCUGGGGUCUAUUGCAGCCAUUCUUUUUGUCACCAUGAUCUUUGUGGCAGUCAAGUGCAAAAGGGAUAACAAGGAAAUCAGGACCUACAACUGCAGGAUCGCGGAGUACUCCUACGGGCAUCAGAAGAAAUCCAGCAAGAAGAAGAAGAUCAGCAAGAACGACAUCCGCCUGGUGCCGCGGGACGUGGAGGAGACGGACAAAAUGAACGUGGUCAGCUGCUCCUCCCUCACCUCCUCCCUCAACUACUUCGACUACCACCAGCAGACCCUGCCGCUGGGCUGCCGCCGCUCCGAGAGCACCUUCCUCAACGUGGAGAGCCAGAACAGCAGGAACGCGGGCUCCAACCACAUCUACCACCACACCUUCACGGGCCAGAGCCCCCAGCAGCCCGACCUCAUCAUCAACGGCAUGCCACUGCCCGAGACUGAAAACUACUCCUUUGAUUCCAACUACGUGAACAGCAGAGCUCAUUUAAUAAAAAGCAGCUCCACGUUCAAGGACUUGGAGGGGAACAGUCUGAAGGACAGCGGGCACGAGGAGAGUGACCAGACGGACAGCGAGCACGACGUGCAGCGCGGGCUCUACUGCGACACGGCCGUCAACGAUGUGCUGAACACCAGCGUGCCCUCCAUGGGCUCCCAGGGCCCCGAGCAAGAGCCGAGCGAGGGCUUCCACUGCCGGGAGGAGUGCCGCAUCCUGGGCCACUCGGACAGGUGCUGGAUGCCGCGCGGCGCCGUGCCCAGCCGCGCCAAGUCCCCCGAGCACGGCAGGAACGUCAUCGCGCUGUCCAUCGAGGCCACGGCGGUGGACGCGGAGCCUUACGCGGACUGCGGCGCCAAAAGGACCUUCGCCACCUUCGGCAAGGAGGGCGGCGAGCCCCCGGCCGAGGAGCGCCUCGCCAACCCCAAAGGCAAAAGAACGGUGGACUCGGCCGCCUGCUGCAGCCCCAAGGUGAGCGGCGCCGUCCGCGAGGCCGGCAACGGCUGCGAGGCCGUCAGCCCCGUCACCUCGCCCCUGCACCUGAAGAGCCCCUUGGCCGGCAAGCCGGCGGCGCCCUACGGAGCCGGGCACUGCGCCGGCGGCCGGGAGCCCUUUGGGAACAGUGGCCCUUCCCGGCCCAGCGAGGCAGAGCCCCGGGGCGCGGACAGCGAGAGCAGCGGGCAGGAGGGCAACCCGCUCCUGCAGGCAAGCCGGGAAAAGGACUCGCCCGGCGCCCGGAGACUAAAGGACAUCGUCCUCUGAGCAGCGCUCGGCCACAGGAGCAUGAGGAUGAGGAUGAGGGACCGCACGACUCCCAGCGCAGAUUGUUUUUAUCGCUUACCAAUGGUUCACAGAUUGCUGUAUUUAAAAGCUUUCCCUAAAUGUAUUGUUUAUAAAUGGAGCUAUCGUUGAUGUG